UUCUUUCUGCUGCUUCGCGAUAUGCAAUACAUCUGACAUUUCACAUACAACGAUACAUUUCCUAAUACCUUAACAAUGUAAUAUAAGCGAUAUGUGACUUUUAAGCACAGAUCUAUAAUAGAUACAUUGUGAUAUUUAAACUCGAUUACUUUCGUAGCAUUUUCAAUGGCAGAAAGAUUGUGUUUCCCUUGUAAUUAAUUUAUUUACGAACUCAAUGUCAUGAACGCAUGGGCUGCCAUUUUAAUUUGCAAAACGGAUUACUCCUUUCGGGUUGUGAACAGGAACAGUGCACAGGACUGUCAGUAGUAUUGUCGUGUGCUUUCAAUAUUUCUACAGCUUUAAUGAAGAUGUAAGAAUGUUCUGAGAGAUAUAUAAUUUAGAAUAUUCUAGAUAAACAAAGUUACAAAAAACACAAAACAUGACACGUGUGAAAAUAAACGUUUCGGGAACGCAUUUUGAAUUCGAUCGUACGAUUUUGGGGAUAAGGGAAUAUGACACGCUCACGAAAAUGUGCAAAGAUGCUGAAAAAGAAGACAAGCCGUUGGAUUUUUUCGUGGACAGACCUUCGGAUUGCUUUGCCGCUGUUCUAAGUUACUAUCAGACUGAUGAAUUGCACUUGCCAGCUUCAGUGUGCCCUAAAGCGUUCAGAAAAGAACUACGUUACUGGGGAGUAGCUGAGACGGAUCUAGAUAAGUGUUGUUUGUAUAGGUACUAUACAUUUUUCGAUGAUUAUGACACGCAUGAAAAAUUUCGCAAGGAAACUGCCAUUCAGGACCUGAGAGAUGGCCUGUCCAUACCUAUUUAUACAGACAGCAAGGUUAGCAGGUUAAGGCGUAAGAUAUGGAAGGUGAUUGAUUUCAAGGAAAAUACCGUUAUAGCGAAGAUUUACCUUGCUCUAGUGUUCCUGAUGGUUCUGUUGUGUAUAGUGACACUAGCCUUCAGUACAGUGCCUUCCUUCCAGAGAAAAGUAAGUAAAUGUGAGCUUUUGGAGUAUCUUGACCACUCAGAACACGACUAUGCGGAAAAGGCUAGGAUAAAACUGGGAGAUCCAGAUUGUUCAGGAACUGUCUAUGAUGACAUUUAUGAUUUAGAAGAUGAAUAUCUUUAUUGGGAAGAGGCAGAGGAUAUUUAUGCCGACGGUAAUUGGACAAAGAGUACAACAAACGUGAAACUGCCAGACUUGAGAGUGCGGUUGUUUGUUUUUGUAGUUCUAGAGAUGAUUAUUGCUGCGUUCUUUACCAUUGAUCUGUUACUUCGACUGUCCACCUGUCCCUCUUUACUCAGAUUCUUCCAAUCCGUGAUAAACAUUUGCGACAUUUUGGCAAUUGCAGGAUUUUACAUACACAUCGCUGUGAUCAACAUCCAGAAGGAGCAUAAGUACCACAUUAGCUGGAUUCGGUUGAUAAACUUUCUGCAAGUUUUCCGGGUCAUUAGGCUUUUCCGCAUUGUGAGAAACGUUCGUGCCAGUCGUGUACUUACAUUUUCUCUACGUCAGAACGGCCGUGAUAUGACAAUGCUUGUAUUGUUGGUGAUGAUUGCAGUAACCUCGUCAGCAAGUCUUAUUUACUUUAUUGAAGACAGAGAUGUCAUAGAAUCUAUCCCUGUUGCUUGGUACUGGGCAAUGAUUACUUUGACAACAGUAGGAUAUGGCGAUAUUUCUCCUAAAUCUUGGGCUGGUCGUCUUGUCGCGGCAAUUAUGGCAAUCUGUGGAGUCUUACUUCUUGCCAUUACACUGCCUAUAUUUGUUAAUAACUUUCUUACUUUAUACCAGUAUUCCUGUCUUGAUGAGACAAUAGAAGAACAUACAAAGAGAAGAAUAAAGUUGAAGGGUGCAAUUCAUGCUACGGGUGUUGCUAAUAAAAUGACAGGAAACUCAGCUAAUGUGCAGAACAACAACAAAGAAAAUUACGACGAGUUGCCCGGGAUAAUAUGUACAACACCAUGUGAAGAUUCUCGUGCAAGAAAUAAUGUGAGAGGAAGAAAUGGAAUCGAGACAUCCAAAUAAAUCUGGUCGCAGUGUUGAAGCAUUGUCAAAGGUUCCGUAAAAGUCUAGAAAAUGCAUACAUUACGCAUCGUGUAAUAUAUGACCCAAUUUUAUAUAAUCAUGUACCUUUCUCAAACUGUGAUCGUUGUAAUUCAUUUAAUAAUAUUUUUGUUUUUGAAAACGCCUCACUCAACGAUGGACUAUACAUUGUCUAUAUACGCUUACGGCAGACCAUGUAUCUUGCGUAAAGAAACAGCUAAUUAGUAUCCGAAUAGGCUUCGUGUAUAUAGCCUGCAUUGAAAGUGUAACAUAUUCUUCUCCAGUUCACCUACUUACAACACAAUUUUACCUAUUAUUAUAGACCAUUUGUUAAAACAAUACACCUGUGAGAACUCUUCGCAGACUGUAUUUUGACUGACGAGCAUGAUUAUAUCACCUUUUUCGUAAAUAGAGUGAUGCAUCAUGUUUUUAACCUUUACCCUGCUAAAUUUCGAAAAUGGACUGGUCCAUCAUUCAAUUUAGGUAGUGCCACUUAUUAUUCAAAGGGGUGUUCACUGAAAAUUUAUUGACUGAAUAGCGAACAGUGCAGACCAUGAUCAGACUGCACAGAUAUCCUGCCGCCGGCAGGCUAAAGGUUAACAUUUUUGAAUUUGGAUUUGUUUAAUAAACAUAUUGCUAACACAUUAAUAUUUUUUUUGAGAUAACACAAUUUAAGCAGAAUCUUUUUUUAAACAUGUUAAUGUACGAAAAUGAUUGUGAAAGGGAAUAAUUUACUCAAGUUUGUUCUUUCAUUCUGUAAGUAAAAGUUACUGUUUUUGUGCGAACGUGUAAGAUGUUUUGCUUUUCUUAUUUUGUAAGAUAGAAGAAACUUUUAAAAUUAUAAUAAAAUUGAAUGGUGUUGGACGUAUUAUACUCGUAUUUUUAUUUUUGCCUAACACGUUGACGUGCUACUCAUUGACAGUGAAGAAAAUAAGACUUACCCUUUAGUUGAAUACAUGUUUAUCAACAUAUUAAAUACAAAAAGUGUAAACUCUAAUAUCUGAUCAUACUC